AGCGAUUACGGUUUUUUUUUUUUGUUUUGACUCUGUCGUCGCGCCAUCGACGUUAUCAGCGUUGUACCUCUCAAACGGUUUUCGACGUUUUUUCCGCUGAUAAUCGUCACAGUCCACACUUCCACAGACCGCAGUGAUAUUCCGAAAACRCUACGCGUCGCAUUUCGCGACACUCCGAAAUGUCGUAGGCGACGGUGUCGCAGUCACAUUAUUCUCAAUCGGUUCGCCGUCUGCGUAAUCUGAGGCCAUAAUACGUAAGGCAUCGAGAACUUGCGUCUGGAGAGGAUUACACCGGUUGGUGAGAACACGUCCACUUUAUGCCGUUGUCUUGUUCAUCGUUCAGCACAAACUUUAUAGAUUCUAACCAUGGAUAACACUUGUACUUAUUGUCAAGAUGUCAUAGACAGUUUAACUGUAAUUUGCUUAGAAUGUUCAUACUUUCAAUUAUGUUUGGCCUGCUAUAGUCACGGAGCAGAAAUUGGAGAUCAUAAAAAUAACCAUGGAUACAAGUUAAAAGUUCAAAAAUCACCUGGACAAUAUUUAGUUACCAUGGAUGGAUGGACUGGAGAUGAACUCAUGCUUAUUUUAGACUUUGCUGAGCAAUAUUCUUUUGGAUGUUGGGAUGAGUUACCAAAAAACAUAAGAAUUCGAACUCCAUCAGAAAUCAAAUUUCAAUUUGCUAAAUAUUUUUUGGACGGAACAAUUGGAAGGCUAACAUGGGGUACAAUAAGAAAACCACAAUUAGAAGAUCGCACAGUCCAUUUCAAAAUAAAUGAAAGUGUUACUAAUUUAUCUGGGUUAUCUAAAGCUCAGUAUGCAGAGAUUGGAUAUAAUCCUAUAAGAGAUGAAUUUGAGUUGGAAAAUGAUUUUGAUAAUAAUGCAGAGGCAGUUUUAAGUAUUACAUCAGAAUGGAAUGAUUUUGGAGAUGAUUAUAAUCUCGCGUGUAUCGAUAUGUAUUGUGCACGGUUAUAUGAACGUGAAUAUGCCAAAAAAGUUGUUCAUGAUUAUCAAUUGAUGGAUAAAUAUUUUUCCUCUAAAGAUAAACCCAAGCGUAGAUUAACACCAGAAGAAAGAAGUAUUAUAAGCAUUGAAAAUCAAAUAAAAAAAUUCAGCCGAUAUUUAACUGAAAGUGAAUUGUGGUCAUUAAAUAUACGUCUGCAACAAGAAUAUCUGCUAAAAAAACGGCGUGAAGAACUUAUCUAUUACAGAAAAAAUGGAAUUACAAAAAUAUACGACAUUGUAAAAUUUAAUCUUUUGCAUUAUAGCAUGGUUGUUGAUGAACAAUCUGAACAAUCAUCUUCUGAUGUUCUGACACCAGCACCCAUCAAACGCGGUGAAAAGAAAAGGAAAAAAAGGAAACGACCAAAAUUAUUUCAUAAGAAAAAUCAUGUUUAUCAUCGUACACCUCAAUAUAUCGCUGCUCUCAAUAGAGUAUUGUCUCAAAAUAAUGAAACUGAAGAUAAUUCUGAUUAAUAUUAAGGUUAUAAGUUACCUACUAGUAAUAAUAAUAAUAUUAUGUGAAUAAAAUUGAAAAAACAUGUUUAUAAAAUUGUGUUCAAUAAUUAUUAAUUAUUUAAUCAAUAUGACUGAUAAAACUUGUAAAAAUUCAA